UGACCGAAAAUGCAAAAAUUGAUCGGUUCGGUUCGAUCAACUCGGUUUUUCAUUAAAACUUUCAUCUCAGAAUCGUAAUACGUACGUGGGAUGGGUAAUCCGGUGGGUGGAUUUGUGAGAUUCGUAAUCCCACGUGUUAUCAAUCCUCGGGUUGUUGUCAACACCAAAGCCUCCAAUGGGAUUGACAAUCCCGGCUAUGAUUCCUAUCCCAAGCUCAAAACCUGCUACGUAUAAUCAAACAUGGCCAUAGAAGCUCUGGUAAUACUAUAUUCUUUCCCCAUUACUUUCUCUUCCCACUCUCUUUCUUGCAACGCAAACGACUGUUGAUUCUCACAUAGCGUUGUUCGUUCACGGGAGGACCAUAAACGAUAGGAAAAUCAUGGCGUCACAAAACCGAAACCCAGAAAUCAGGAAGGACACCGUGAACAACCGAUGGGUCAUCUUCUCCCCCGCCAGAGCCCGCCGUCCCUCCGACUUCAAAUCCAAAUCCAACACCGCCAACCCCAACAACAACUCAUCGGAGAACUGCCCCUUCUGCCUCGGCCGCGAGCACGACUGCGCCCCCGAGAUCUUCCGCGUCCCGCCCGAUCCCUCCGCCCGCUGGCGAAUCAGAGUCAUCCAGAACCUCUACCCUGCUCUCAGCAGAGAAAUCGAGCCCUCCUCGUCCGUCCACGGGGAAAGCCCCGGUCCCGGUUCGACCGGCGACGUGGCGAUCAGCGGGUUCGGGUUUCACGACGUGGUGAUUGAGUCGCCGGUUCACUCGGUUCGAUUGGAGGAUCUGGACCCGGUUGGGAUCGGGGAGGUGUUGCUGGCGUACAAAAAGAGGAUCGAUCAGCUUCGAUGUCACGAGUCGAUCAAAUACAUUCAGGUGUUUAAGAACCAUGGUGCCUCAGCUGGGGCUUCAAUGAGUCAUUCUCACAGUCAGAUAAUGGCCCUCCCAGUUGUUCCUCCCACGGUUUCUGCUCGCCUUCACAGUAUGAAAGAGCACUUUGAUCAGACUGGGAGGUGCAGUCUUUGUGAUAUUCGAUCCGAUGACCUUCUAAUCAAUGAAUCAGCCCAUUUCAUUUCAAUUGUUCCAUUUGCCGCUACUUUUCCUUUUGAGAUGUGGAUUAUUCCCCUGGGUCACUCUUCUCAUUUCCACGACAUAGAUGGCGAGAAGGCAGCUGAUCUUGGUGGCUUACUGAAACUCAUGCUUAGAAAGAUGUCUCUGCAGCUGAACAACCCACCAUUCAAUUUCAUGAUUCACACCACUCCCCUUCAGGACACUUGUUCCCAAUUACCUUAUGCUCACUGGUUUCUUCAAAUAGUGCCCCAAUUGACUGUUGUAGCAGGGUUUGAGAUGGGAACUGGUUGUCAAAUAAAUCCUGUUUUCCCAGAGGAUGCUGCCAAAGUACUGAGGGAAGUUUGUGUUUCCACCUAAGGAUAUUAUUCGUUGAGAAACUCCCAAGUGUGGAUGAAUAGAGUACAAUUAUAUCACUAUUGUAAUAUAAAUCACAUUAUGAUGAGAAAAAUUCCACUGCCAUGCGUAAGGAAAUUUUUGUUGAAUCUA